GCCUAGUAUCCUCCUUUUAGUCCUAGGAAUUUCCGCAUCACGUCGACUACUGCAUACGCUGCUUGCUUUACUACAAUCGUCGUCAAUGCGAAGGAUAGCAAAAUGAACGUGGAGGAAAUUGAUCUUUGUCCCUUCUGCUCGGACCUGGUGAAAUCAACAACAGACUCUCUAAUCCCCUCUUCACAAUGCCCCCACUAUCCAACUUAUGGUUUAAUUUUAUCCUCUAGCGAGAAAUGCACUAUUUGCCGGACAAUAACUUCUCUAUGGGGCCAUAUCGAUUCGAUUCUAAACAGACAUGAAAUAUCAAAAAAACCCAUCCGGGGUUGUCGUGAUGAAUUUUCUGUCAAAAUAACGACCAAAGUCGCUCGCCGAAUGCCUUCUGGUGCCUCUUGGACGCUUCUGGAAGCCAGCUUAGGCAGUACACAUACUGGCCUUACGUCCAUAUCCUAUUUUACACUUGUGUCUUGUCUAUUGGGAGAUCCAAUAUCAUCUUCCGCUUUUUGGAGGAGCCCAACAACGACUUUUGACUCCAAGCUCUUAGCCAUCCAAUCGUGGAUGUUUGAUUGCGAGUCUCAAAACGGCCACAGUAAAUGUAGGCCCGUGCCGUUUGCACCUCUGCGGCUCCUCACUGUUGGCCUCGACGGCAAGCCGCUUAGACUAGUUGAACGGGAUACUACAACGAUUCGAACGGACUAUGCAGCUCUAAGCUAUUGCUGGGGUAACUCCUUACAGCUGCGCACCACAAAAGGGACGCUUACUAUAUUUAGCAAGGAAGUCCCCUCCAAGCUUAUUCCAAGGACAUUUGCCGAUGCUAUACAUAUAGCUCGAGCUCUGAGAAUUCCAUAUAUUUGGAUCGAUGCCCUAUGCAUUGUUCAAGAUGAUGAACAGGAGUGGCAAAGCGAAGCAACACAUAUGUCUGAGAUCUACCGAGGGAGCCAGUUAACCAUUACAGCAACCGAAUCCGUAGAUUCUCUGCAGGGCUGUUUCCCUCCCGAGAAGCCUGGUCUCCACAGUGCUGGGUUAUUCUUCCGCACUCGACCUAAUGGGUUGGAUGACCGUAGCAGCCUUGUCCGUAUCUACCGCAAUGAUAUCAGAGACUCCGUCGUGGAAGACAGUGUUAUUAGCACCCGGGGGUGGACUUUACAAGAGCAGUUGCUCUCCCCGAGGCUCGUCUUUUGUAUGCAACCCGACAUGCACUGGAAAUGUCAAUGCAACUACCAAACUCAAAGCGGUCUCUCCUUCGAGCCAAGAAUGGCACCUGAUCGCGGUGGCUUGUUCCUUGAUCUCAAUCAUCGGCUUGAUGAUCUGUGGUACCGCAGCAGCUGGCGACGCAUCAUUGAAGGCUAUUCACUGCGCGAGUUCACCUUCUCGCAAGACAGAGUUCCUGCUAUCGCGGGUAUGACUAGAUACUUUGCGUCUACUUUGGAGGAUGUGCCAAUAUUGGGACUAUGGGUAAGGUCUUUUGCAAGAGACUUAGCCUGGUUGCGCGGUGGUGGUCGUCAGCAAAUGUCUAACACCUCAGGGCUUCCUUCUUGGACCUGGCUUGCGUGCCAGGGUUGCGUUUUAUAUACGAUCGGCUCCAAGUACGCAGAUUAUGAAGUGCAAGUGGUAGAGCAUCUGAAGCUUCUAAACUGGGAUGUGCAAUGGCAGGGCACGCCCUACGCGUCGCCGGUCGAAUUGGCGCAAGUGAAGGUCGAAGGUCCCGUGCGAGAGAUCGAAAUAAGGCCAUUUACCGAAGGUAGUUCUCACAAACCGCCAUAUUUUCAGGUCUUCGGGGAGGACCUAAAACCUACCGUGAAGACGAAGUUUCCUUGGCGAUGCGCUGGGCAGUUUGAUACCGGUGAUGCAAGUGAAGCGACGAUAUACUUGUGCCUUCUCUUGUUUUCUGAGACAAAGAGCUCCGAGUCCAACUAUACUUCUGAAAUUUUUCUCAUUCUAGAACCAGUUGAGAUACAUAGCACCGUUAAAUAUAAGCGCAUAGGGAUGGCAAGAAUAUGGGGUGGACCGCCAACUUUCAACGCUGCUAAGACAAUAUCGAUGGUUCUAGUUUAAUAGAAAUUAAAACAACUUAUGAUACUUGG